CUAAAUCUUAUAACUUGUUAAACAUCAAUCAACAUCAUCAUCACAUAUUUCUAUAAUAUUCAAAUUGCAAAAAUCAGAUGGAAAGAAUUAUUAAAAAAGUGAAUAGGAUCAAACGUGAAGCGAGAAGCGAACUUAAUUUUCCAGGUGGGUGGAGUCAUAAUAGAUAUGCUGAUACAUUUGACACAGCAAUUAAUAGUAUUAAAGAUAAUUGUGUAAGAAUCGAUGGUAGAUCUAUGACUCCUCUAGAAUUUAGCUAUCAAUAUGAAAAGCGAAAUAUACCGGUUGUGAUAACACACUUAACUGACAAUUGGUUAGCACACAAAAAAUGGGUACCUGAACGGUUGAUUAAAAAAUAUCGGAAUCAAAAAUUUAAAUGCGGAGAAGAUGACGAAGGCUAUAAUGUUAAAAUAAAAAUGAAGUAUUACAUCCCGUAUUGCAACCAUUUGUGCCACUUAGACGAUAGUCCGAUGUAUAUUUUCGACGGAAGUUUUGGAGAGCAAGGUAAAAAAGUGUCCCUUACCCAAGAUUACGAAGUUCCUCCAUAUUUUCGGGAAGAUCUUUUUAAAUAUACUAGCGAUAGACGCCGACCACCUUACAGGUGGGUUGUUAUAGGACCAGCGCGCUCCGGAACUGGCAUACACAUCGAUCCCCUAGGUACAUCGGCUUGGAAUGCUCUCAUCAAAGGUCACAAAAGAUGGUGUCUUUUUCCUCCCGAGACUCCUAAGGCUCUUGUCAAGGUUAAAUCGACCGAGAAUAAGAAAAACAAGGGAGAAGCAAUCACUUGGUUUGACGUUAUAUAUCCCCGAACUAUCCUGCCGGAUUGGCCUAGUCAGUUUAAAGCGAUUGAAGUUAUACAGAGACCGGGUGAGACUAUGUUUGUCCCAUCGGGAUGGUGGCAUGUGGUAAUGAACCUGGAUUUCACGGUUGCCAUAACUCAAAAUUUCGCAUCUUCCGCUAAUUUUCCCAUAGUUUGGGUUAAAACCAUCAGGGGAAGACCUAAACUCGCCCGAAAAUGGUACCAGGCUCUCAAAGCGUAUAAACCUGAGAUAGCCAAAGUAGCCGACGAAAUCGAUCGACGUCCUGAUAAGGGUCUCUCUCUCCUCAAAAUCAUAUCCGAAUCGAGCAUAUCCUCAUCUUCUUCCUCGUCAUCUAGCUCAAGUAGUAGUGAGGACCGAACUUCCAGGAGUUCUUCUGCAUCAUCGACUCGAUCUGAUGGAAACACUCUAAAUACUGGAUUUAUUUCCGAAGAUUCCGAGCGCUGGCGCAAAUUUCGACCUACUCAAAAUGGCGACCACGAUCACGGGAUUGAUACAGACUCUUUACGACGCAAACGCAGGCGCGAGCAGUUAAAUGGCACUAGUCAUAAACCAGUGACGUCAUCUAAUCAUGUGACCACUACAACGAAGUCGGCCAAUGGUCAUCGAUCUUCAUCCUCUAACUCAUCGUCUUCGGACUCUACGGCCUCUUACAAUAAUUCUUCAUCUAGGAAUAAAUCCAAUCAAUCUAAAACUUCUAAUAAAUCCAGAGUUUCCUCUUCCAGAAGAAAGCAUAAAAAAAGCGGUUGCAAGGAUUGUCAAAAUCUUCAUAUAAAUGGACAGAUCGAAAUCAACGUGGAUCAAAAGCCUCAAACGAACGGACACAAUCAUGAAAGGGAACGACCUUCGAGUAAAACUCCGAGAACAAACAACCACAAAUAGAAUCAAUUAAUUGGAGACCGACAUUUCAGUCAAAAAGCAUGUUUCAUUUGUAUCAAAAGAAAAAUAUCAUCUUUCUUAAAGCAAACCCAAGGAUAUCAUAGGAAUUAUUUUUAUAAAUAUGAAUUUAAUUAAAAAAUUUUAUUUGAAAUUUAUCUCUAUUAUAAUGACAUAUUGACAGACGUAUUUUGGAUUGAAUUAUAAAUAUUUUUUCCACCCGCAUUUUAGCUUUAUGAGGCUUAAAAUUUUUCGUGUUUAUAAAA